AUGGUAAUUCGGACUCCGCUGCUGCUGUCGCUGCUCGUGACCCUCGCUGCGCUGGUGCAUGCCAUCCCAACCCUGCGGAGACGAGACGCCGAUAUUGAGAGCCUCUACGGCAUCACGGCCCUGAGGCGCGACCACAGCGGCAAGCGUGGCGACAACAAGCAGAAAUACUUCCACGAGUCCACCUUCCACCCCCACUACGAUGGCCGCUUCGCCGACAAGGUCCUGUCCUACGACGACCGCCGCGCCAACCUGGUCGUGAUGAUGAAGACCUAUCUUUCCGCUAUGCACGAAAUCGGCACCGAAACGUGGAUAAUGCAUGGCUCGUUGCUGGGCUGGUGGUGGAACCGCAAGAUCAUGCCGUGGGACUCGGACGUCGACGUGCAGGUCUCAGAGGCCGGCAUGGACUUCCUCGCCGCCUACCACAACAUGACCAUUCACCACUACCAGCUCCCCGGCGAGGCCAAGGGCAGAGAUUACAUGCUCGAGAUCAAUCCGCACUACGUCAAUGGCUCGACGGCAGACAAGCUGAACGUGAUUGACGCCAGGUGGAUUGAUACGCAUACAGGGUUGUUCAUUGAUAUCACCGCGCUAAGACGCGAUAAAGAGGCCGAGGCGAAGGGCAUGAAGGGCGUCAUGAUGUGCAAGGACAAGCACCGGUACGAGGAAGCGCAAAUCUUCCCGCUCAGGGAUAGCUUUUUCGAAGGCAUACCGGUCAAGAUUCCGUAUGCGUAUGCGGAGUUGCUGGAGGAAGAGUAUGGGACGAAGGCGUUGACGAGGGUCAACUUUGAAAAACAUCACUUUGAUGAGGAGAAGAUGGAGUGGAUACCGCUGAAGUAA